AAAUUUGCCUCUACAAAUUUGUGCUCGACAAUAGUCUCUUUUGUAAUCUUCGCCAGUCUCACUCUUUUGUAAUUCCCAUUCAACUUUUUUCCAACCGAGAGAGGAAGCGAUGACCGCGACGACCAAUUACGCACAGCUCGACGCGCGCGACUCGCUGACCCACUUUGACGACACGCACGGGGGACUUGGCGCCCGAAACAACGGCCACGACUCAGACGACGACGACGUCCCUGGUGGCGGCAGCGCUGCGGCGACGGGCAAGGUGCUCGUGUACGGCCGUGGCGGCCAGCGCUGGAUGAACCCGGACGAGCGGCCGACGCCAUUCCAGCUCGAGGAGCCAGGCUGGCGCGCCGACACGACCUGCAACGCGUGCAUGGCCUGCAACGAGGGGUUUUCGUUCUUUGUGCGCCGGCACCAUUGCAGGCGAUGCGGCGACUUGUUCUGCAGCAGCUGCUGUGAGAACGAGCUGCAAGUCAUGCGCCUCGGAUACCAAGACCCAGUCCGCGUGUGCAAGGCGUGCAAGCCCAAGGUCGAGCGGGAGAAUGAGUUCUUUAGGCUCUACCUCAAGGUGAUUCAAAAAGGAGACGUGUUUGACCUUCAUCGAGGCAACUCGGCCAUCCCAGUGCUUUUGCAGCUCAGCAGUACAGAACGAGAUCUCGUGAUAACCCAAUUGAAGACCGAUCCAGACACACGCAAACGCUCGAUUGACACGAGCUCGUCCGCGAUUGUGGAGAGCCUGCCGAUUGAGGCUUUGGUUGAAGUGCGUCAAGUACGGCGCCAACCGAACGCUGCUGGCGACCGAGCGGAUACUUUUGUUCUCAAAUUCUCCAGCGGUGGCGAGUUUGAAUUCUCCUGUGAAGACAAAAAGCAACGCGCCGUGUGGACGACCUCGUUGAGGAGGGCGCUCGAAGUCUUGUUGGCGCGAGAGUUUGCAGCCACGCCAAUCAAAGCCAUGGCGGCAGAAGAUGCCUUGUAACAUUGAUUUUUUUUGUCGUGUCUUUUGGUCCUGUUGUUUUGCCUUGUACCUCUGCCUUUGACCAGUUGGUGUUUUUCACCGCAUACCUGCUCUAUUACUUGCAUUCGUGCUUUGACACCUGUUGGAAAAUACACUUGGAAACAAACAAAAAAAUCUUGUCGCAAGGGGGA